CCACCGACCCCAUACUCUCUCACUCUUCUCUCUCUCUGGCUAAGUGGCUAUCAGUCUUCUUCCUCUCUUCUAUCUCUGUCUCCAUUUCAUACCUACAUUCACAUAAAGCAACCAAAGUUAGCUAGCUAGCUAGAUCAAGAUCAACCUCUCACGCUUAGGAGCAUUAUACAUUAUUCUCACAUAUGGAUGAGAAAUGGAAGCUAUCGAAGAAGGAAAGCAGUUCUUCUUCCAAGUUUGCCUUCACGAGAAGCUCUUCCACAAGAAGCACAUCCUCCAAUGCUCCACUUCUUUCAAGAAGCUAUUCCCAGAAAAGCAGCGUCUCUUCCAGUUCCAACUCCAAGUGCCCUCCUCUUCCCCGGAGCUUCUCGCAAAAGAACUCUUCCAUAAGCCGAAAGUGCAGCAGCCUCGCCAAGGAACACAAGGCCAGAUUUUACAUCAUGAGGAGAUGUGUGGCUAUGCUUGUUUGUUGGCACAAGCAUGGAAGUGAUUCUUGAAAAAGCGACUUUGAUUUUAAGUCAUUUCCUUCAUAUAUAUGUCAUCUUCCUGUGAGAUGGGUCGGGUUUGUUAAUUUUGAACUCAUAUCAAAUUUUUCUCCCAUCAGAUCAAGAGGAGAUUGAUUGCACAAACUUUCUUGUGUAGUGUAUUUUUUUUCUUAAGUACUUGGUUUAAUUAGAUUUUUCAGUUGUAAUUACUAUUGAGAUGGGCUAUACAUUGUAAGAAGAGAUUACCAUAUAUCAAAUUAAUACGAGUCUUAUUA